CUUUAAUGAGCUGUUCAGUUUCAAAUAAAUUCACGCAGAAUUCGGACGAAUACAUUUGUUAAACUCACCUGCAAUGGACCAGAUACUCCGGUGGCUUAUACUAUUUUGCGGUAUAACAAACUUCCAUUUUUCUGAAGGUGCUGCUGUCAAUGCGGCCAGACCAUUUCAACUUCAGCAUAAACAAUCGAAAUUGUUUUUAAACAAAAAUUUAAAGUUCGUGGAAUCGAAACUGCAAGCGGCUACUUUCAAGCUCGAAUCAUACAGCAAUAACCGAGAAACAGACCGUUAUUUCAAGGAGGUUACAUCUGGGAAGGUGUUUGAUAUCAGAGGCGGAUGCAAUGGAAGAAAUGUUAUUCUGUACAAUAAAUCCGGAGCAAACAAUCAACUAUUUUUUGUAUAUAUGACUGGUGCCAUUCAGACGUUUUGCGACCGGUACAGGUACUUAACAAUGGAUGCUGAGAGAAACCUAAUAUCUGAAGAUGCCGAUUACUCCAAUAAAGAAAAAUACUAUUUUAAAUUUAUACAAUAACGGUUACAUCCACACCUAAAAUCUUAA